UCAGCCAAUUGGACAGGGAGGGUGGCGUGGAUCUCUCGUCGAAAAGGUGGAUUGUGCUUAGGCAGACGUCUGUAGGCAGGCCGCAGCUGGCCCGUAGGCUGGCCCGUAGGCUGGCACACCACUAGCAGCGGUGAUUUUCGCGGGGCCUUGGGAUUGUCGCCUGGGGGGCAGCUACGGUGUAGCAGCUAAUGCCAGUGGCGUUGACUAGUGUGUGUAAGUGAAGGAGCUUCUAAGCUCUCAACAAGGACAGAUGCGUGAUGUCUACGAAACGCCGGAGAAGUCGAUAUCUGCCAGCGGCGAGAGUGUACGGAAGAGGAGGCUGGAAGAUGGUGGAGUCGACGCGAGGGAAACGACCGGUAUGAGACGCCUAGGCGGGACACAGCACAAGAGAAUGGACAAGAUACUUCCCUCCCCUAUAAACACGCUGAUCGAAACCGACAAUCCACACUUGUCGUCUCGUCUCGACGUUGAAGAUGAAAGCACUCCAAGGUUGAAUAUCAAAGAGCUCAAGAGGAAGGAAUCACGCCUCGACUCCGACAUACGGAGGCUCCAGUCUAGAUUGGAAACGCUUAGAAGGGCAAAGGCGAUCCUUCUCAAAGGUGAAACCAGGUCGACUGAGGACCUCAUUGUCAAAUGGAGAGAUAUUGCACAGAGGGCCUCGGACCAAGUUCUAGAAGCCGCCGUGGAGAAAGUCAACAAGUCUGGAGGUAAGUGUGAGCUCAAGAGGCUUGAAAGAACGAGGUUGAAAGAGAAGAGCAUCAAUAGCAUCGACUUUGAGUACGAUGGACGAAUCGCUGGAGUGACCUCCUGUGGUGAAUAUCAAUCUUUAGGAGAAGACGAGCAGCUAAAGAUAAUAGAAGGGUUGGAGGCUGAGAGGCAAAAGGACUUGCAAACGCUAGAAAGACGCUUAGCAAGUUCUGAUGCUGAAGACAGUGAUACGGAGGAGUUCACCAUGAGAGAUCUAUACAAACGACUGAAGCUGGAUUAUAAAUUGGUUUUCCCAGACGAUCACACAGCUACAGAAUAG